AUGUCGCCGGAGAAGACGGAGGAGACGGUGAUGUCGCCGGAGAAGACGGAGGAGACAGUGAUGUUGUCGGAGAAGACGGUGAUGUUGCCGGAGAAGACGGAGGAGCAGAUCGCCGGGAUGGUGGUGGUGUGGGAGGUGCCGACAGAAAUUAUUGAAGUGGAAGAAGAAGAAGGUUCUAAACCACAUGAACAACUCGAAGAUCAAUACUUUUCUUCAACAUCGGACUUAGAAGAAGAUGAAGAACAUGGGGUUGAGAUUGUGAUCCACAUUCUAGAAGAUGCUCCAUCACCACCGGUGUUACCUAGUGAUCAACCUGUUAAAGAACCUGAAGAUAAUGAAGAAUCCGAUGAAGAUGAAAAUGAACCUGCUGAAGAACAUGGAAAUGAAGAUGAUAAAGAACAUGGAAAUGAAGAUGAUGAACCCGCUGGAGUUGUUCAGGUUGAUCAAGUGUUCAAUUUGGGUACAAAAUCGGUUAUUCGUGAAACUGGUUCGGAUUUGGAACCGGUUUUUGAGGGGCGAAAAAGAUCUAUACGAGAUUCAUGUAAUAUAUUAUUAAAUCCCGUUGAAGAACCUGAAGAUAAUGAAGAAUCCGUUGAAGAUGAAGAUGAACCUGCUGAAGAACAUGGAAAUGAAGAUGAUGAAGAACAUGGAAAUGAAGAUGAUGAAACCACUGGAGUUGUUCAGGUUGAUCAAGUGUUAAGUUUGGGUACAAAAUCGGUUAUUCGUGAAACAGGUUCGGAUUUGGAACCGGUUUUUGAGGGGCGAAAAAGAUCUAGUUUGGACGUGGAAAUGUUAGAAAUCAUUGCAGUGGAAGAAGAAGAAGGUUCUAACCCACAUGAACAACUCGAAGAUCAUUACUUUUCUUCAACAUCGGACUUAGAAGAAGAUGAAGAACAUGGGGAAGAGAUUGUGAUCUGUUGGCCCCAAAAUGGAUCUUUGAUCUCUAGACAUGAAUCGAACUUGAAUAUAAAACCGAAUAUCUUUACAUGUGAUUCUGAAUGUGUACAGGGAUUGUAUUAUAAUUGA